ACAGACCUGAAAAUGAGCUCAACCUUGAUUCCUUUUUAAAUUUCUUCGAACAAACCUGCCAUUAUUCUGCUUUUAUAUAAUCAGGAUGCCUCUAAUCAUCAUAACGGGCUUCCCCACGUCCGGCAAAACCACACGCGCGAAACAGUUACACAGCUACCUCUCUGAGCGCAUCCAACAAGCCGUAGCGACAACACCAACAGCACCACAAGCCAAAUACCGACUUCACCUAAUAUCCGACCAGACCCUUUCAAUCUCGCGAUCGGUAUACGAUUUAUCACCAGCGACACCGGCAGCACACGUGCGAUCCGCUAAUGCCUCGGAGAAAGAUGCGCGGGCUACGAUCUACGGCGCUACUAAGCGCGCGAUGACCAGCGAUCGUGAUAUUGUUAUACUUGAUGGGUUGAAUUAUAUAAAGGGCUGGCGGUACCAGCUUUAUUGCGAGGCGAAGAAUAUGCGCACGCCGAGUUGUGUGCUGCAGAUUGGGUGCUCGAAGGAGAGGGCUAAGAGUGUUAAUGAAGAGAGACUGAGGCGGCGGGAUCAACAACAGAACCCCGAGGGUGAAAAUGGGGAAAAAAGACAGGAAGAGGAAGUGGAUGAAGAGGGACCCUACGAGCCGGAGAACUGGGAGAACCUGGUUUUUCGGCAUGAGGAGCCGAAUCCUAUGACUAGAUGGGAUAGCCCACUAUUCACGCUUAUCUGGGAAGACGAUGAGGAGCAAGCGAAGCAAGUGUUUUCGAAUAUGUGGGAGACUAUUGCGGGCGAAUCUCGGAAAGUGGUGAAACCGAAUCAAGCUACCGUCCAACGAAGUAGAGAUGCCGGUGGAGAUUACCUAUACAUCCUCGACCGUGAGACACAGGAUAUCGUCAAAAAGGUAUUAGACCAGCAAGGAGACGACGGCGGAGAUGAUGUCAGAAUACCUAAGGGAAACGGUAAAGACGGCGAUGAUCUUGUGGUAGAAUUACCAGCUGGGAAGAAAGUCGGAUUACCUCAACUUCAACGCUUACGAAGGGCUUACAUAGGCUUACAUCGAGGCGGUAUUGGACUUGAGGGCGUUAGAAAUAUGGGACCGGAGAGGAUACGAGAGACCUUUGUGGUUUAUCUUAAUGAUGCUUUCGAGAAGGAUGCUUGAAAGGCUUUUCGGCUGAUGCCAUCUUUUCUAGUCCCUUUUCCCUAUGUCUUGAUACCCCUAGAAUUGACAAUAGAUAUCUCAGUUACAUAUCGUAUCCUACGUAGCAUAACACUGCAAAACAAGCAGAAACAAACAGAACUAACUAUUCCAAUGUCUAAUAUGACAUGGGAAGUCUAAAGGCCCAUAAG